ACGACGUCGGGGCUGCGACUUUGGAGAAUCGGUAUCCAGCGCUGAUGUCUCGUAGAGUAGAAACAUGCCGGGAAGGUUAAAGCGCACCGGAGGAACAGCGCUCAUGAAAUCUACUGAAACGUAAAUAACGGCUAUCAGUGGACGGUGACGUUUCUUCGACAUUGCGGUUUUUGCUGUACGAGGCCCCCUUUACGGAAGCUGGGCUGUCGAGUCGCAUGGACGGAUAAACAGCCGGGUUUGUUCCGAAGCAGUAUCGGCGUAGGACGGCAAGAGUGGGGUUUGGGUUCUUAAGGACGGCGUUCGUGUUUGGGAAUGUUAUCCGUACUCUCUUAUGGCAGACUGGUUGCGAGGGCUGUCCUAGGUGGACUCUCUCAAACCGAUGGUCGGGACUAUAGCCUGGUCACGGCUAGUUAUGGAUUUGGGAAAGACUUUCGUAAGGGGAUUUUGAAGAAAGGGAUGUGCUACGGGGAUGACGCCUGUUUUAUUGCUCGACACAAGACUGCUGAUGUUUUAGGGGUUGCAGAUGGUGUAGGUGGUUGGCGUGACUAUGGUGUUGACCCCUCUCAGUUCUCUGCCACACUUAUGCGGACCUGUGAGCGGUUAGUGAAGGAGGGCCGCUUCAUACCCAGCAACCCAGUGGGCAUCCUAACCUCUGGAUACUAUGAGCUCCUACAGAACAAAGUCCCACUUCUCGGGAGCAGUACAGCUUGUAUUGUCGUUCUGGAUCGACGAAGUCACCGGAUUCACACAUGUAACCUCGGUGACUCUGGCUUCCUGGUUGUGCGAGGAGGAGAAGUGAUACACCGGUCAGACGAGCAGCAGCACUAUUUCAACACCCCCUUCCAGUUGUCCAUCGCUCCUCCAGGGGCUGAAGGGGUGGUGCUUAGUGACAGCCCGGAAGCAGCUGACAGCUCCUCGUUUGAUGUACAACUUGGUGACAUCAUCCUGACUGCGACGGAUGGCCUCUUUGACAACAUGCCAGACUACAUGAUUCUGCAAGAGCUCAAAAAACUCAAGACAACCAACUAUGACAGCAUCCUGCAGACUGCACAGAGCAUUGCAAAUCAAGCUCAUGACCUAGCUUAUGACCCCAACUAUAUGUCCCCUUUUGCACAGUUUGCCUGUGACAAUGGCCUGAAUGUAAGAGGAGGGAAGCCAGAUGAUAUCACGGUGCUGCUGUCCAUUGUGGCUGAAUAUACAGACUAAAUUUGUGUCUGACUGUGUGUGCUUUUCUGGUCUGUAUUUUUUUUUCUCUUCCCUGCUGCCUGAGUCUUCCACCUGUGGCUCUCUCAAUGCACUGCUUCCUGUGGGCUGACAUGUGGAAGCCUACCAGUACAUCACACACUCCUCGGCAUGAGGCUGAAGUCCUCUCUCCUUCCUGGUUUCUUUCUCCAUUUUCUGGUGUGGGUACUGCUGAUGUAAGGCAGACACCUGGGACAUUUUAAUGGUGAAAUUGAUGCAGAAGAAUCUGGAUAGAGCAGGUCAGAGGACGCCUUUCAGUCUCCCUCACGUCUCAUUGCUUUAGGUCAGUACAUCUGGGGUUGUGUAACUGUCAGUUUUAAAGGAAAGGGCAUUUUGUUCUCACUGGCGAGAAUAAAGUUGAGGGUUUUAAGAUUCUGUCGCCUUCAUUAAAAAUGGUGAUGCUGUACAAGGAUUAAGCCAUGGUCUGGAAUCUUGAGAGAGUAGUGCUGUCUAAUGAGCCUAACCUGUAUGGAUGGGUGAUAUGCCAAAAUUUUCCUAACAGCCACCAUCAGCCCCAAAAUCAGCAACUGCUGAUACCCCCCUGCCAGCCAUUUUCAGCGAAAGCAAUCAUGGAAGAUCUCCUUGUGAAAAAAGAAUACAAAAUCCCCUAUUAUUAUUUAGCGGCAUGGUGGCACAGUGGUUAGCGCUGUCGCCUCACAGCAAGAAGGUCCUGGGUUCGAACCCCAGUGUUGUUCAAUCUUGGGAGUCAUCCCAGGUCAUCCUCUGCGUGGAGUUUGCAUGUUCUCCCCGUGUCUGCGGUGGGUUUUCUCCGGGUGCUCCGGUUUCCCCCACCAUCACAAAAAAGAAAAAAAAAGACAUGCAUGCUAGGGUUAGGGUGGCUGCCCAUUGCUCCUAGCUACACAGCUAGGAUGAGUUAAAUGCAGAGCAUAAUUUCCCCACGGGGAUCAAUUAAGUAUCUCAAAAUUAAAUCAAAAAAGAUAAAAAAUUAGGUAUUAUUUUUGUUUUAAACCAGAUUUAACCGGCAAGCCGAAGGACCUAAAUGAAGUAAUUUUCCGUCCUUGCAAAUGAGUAGGGCCGGCAAAAGAUUCUGACUGUACAUACAGUUUUUGGUUUAGUUCUCAAAUGUGAUUUAUGAAUUGACGUUGAUUUUCAGCAUCAAUCAAUUGGUCAGCAACCACUAAAGACGGCUUAAAUGGCAUUUAGUAACUGCAGUCAUUUCCCUGUUUUUUGAAAGACUUCGGAAAUCAGUGCAACCAGAGAGUACAUAUGGCCCCACUCCACCUGCCAGUUCCUAUUCACGCAUGCUUUCAGUUGCGCGUUUCAGGUUAAUUAUUUACCGAGUUGAAUUCUCAGGCCGACCGUUAAAUUAGCAAAAUAAAAGGACAAAAUCAUGCAAAUAAAUAAAUAAAUA